CUGGUGCUGCAGGGGCGGCUGUUGUUGCUCCCUCCUGCCGACAGGUGUCGCCGUUCUGCGGCUUCCUCCUCUGCAGCCUCUACGGCGUCUGCCAUGGGACAUGCCAUGAUUUACUAUGGCAAAUAAUCAUUUUGUCACCUCUGAUUACAGCGGAUGACUCGUGAUUUGCCACCUGAGGCUCGAACACAGUGAAAUGUCCUGAGGUUUAAACGCCAAGUAGUUUAAAGCGCGUGGAUAAUCUCCGGUGCUGUGAUGUGAAGUAACGGCGGAGGCAGCAUCGCCACUUCUGACUUUUUUCCCUGGGAACGAUCCAGUCCAUCCGGUGAGUGGAUCUAUACCCGGUCACUGGAUUAAUAACUAAUUAAUUACCCCGCCGGGGGCAGCCACAGAACAAUGAAGUGCAGUGUCCAGUGCGGCCCCCCCUCACAGGAAAUCAUGGAGCUCAUGUCCCCGCCGUUAACCGCCUCUUAAAGAUAAUAAUCGGUGUAUAACGGGCCUGUCCGCUGCAAGGGCUCUGCUGGACCUAACGUGAGGAGAAAGGCCAGCUGGAGGUUUGACUCCUGCAGCAGCCAUGGAGGAGGAGGCGGUGAGCAUGGAGUACCUGCUGGAGCAGGUGAUGCAGAAGGACCUGGGGAAGAGGCUCCAGGUAGGCCAGGAGAUCGUGGACCUCGUCCUGGACGAGGAGAAGUCCCCCGAGCUGGAGCAGGACCAGACCAUGCUGGACAGGACGGUGGACGCUGUGGCCAGCUCCUGGGUCAACUCCAGCAACUUCAAGGUGGUUCUGCUGGGGAUGGAUAUUCUGUCAGCUCUGGUCAGCAGACUGCAGGAGAGAUUCAGGACACAGGUUGGAACAGUUCUGCCGAGUCUGAUAGACCGACUCGGAGACGCCAAGGACCAAGUCCGAGACCAGGACCAAGCGCUUCUACUGAAGAUCAUGGACCAGGCUGCGAACCCACAGUAUGUGUGGGAGCGAAUGAUGGGAGGCUUCAAACAUAAGAACAACAGGACCAGAGAAGGACUCUGCCUCUGUCUCAUCUCAACAUUAAACGUGUUUGGAUCUCAGAGUCUGACGCUCAGUAAAAUAGUUCCUCACAUCUGUAACCUCCUCGGAGAUCCCACGAGUCAGGUGCGUGAUGGAGCCAUGAACUGCCUCGUAGAGAUCUACCGCCAUGUUGGAGAGCGGGUGCGAAUGGACCUGGGAAAGAAGGGCCUGCCCCAGUCACGGCUGAACGUCAUCUUCAGUAAAUUUGACGAAGUGCAGCGGUCGGGGAACAUGGUCCUCUCACCUGUGUCAGAUAAAAACUUUGAGGACGAUGACUCGGUGGACGGCGGCCGCUCCUCAUCCUCGUCCAAAGGAGCCUCGCUGUCCGGGAGGAAGACGGUGAGCAUGGGUUCGUUUCGACGCCCCGGCUCUGCCUCCAGCGCCAAGUCAGCAGGGAGGGACGGGUCUGGUGCUGGAGCUGUGGAUGAAGAGGAUUUCAUCCAGACCUUUGAGGAUGUUCCCACUGUGCAAAUCUACUCUAACAGGGAGGUGGAGGAGGCCAUGACGAAGAUUCGAGACGUGCUGUCGGACGAUAAGAGGGACUGGGAGCUCAGAGUGGCGGCUCUGAAGAAGGUGCGUUCGCUGCUCCUGGCCGGAGCGCCGGAGUUCGACGGGUUUCUGCAGCAGCUGCGGCUCAUGGAGGCGGCGUUCAAGCUGUCCGCCAAGGACCUGCGCUCUCAGGUGGUGAGAGAGGCCUGCAUCACUCUGGGCCACCUGUCGUUGGUGCUCGGCAGCCGCUUCGACCACGCAGCAGAGGCCGUCAUGCCGACCCUCCUCAACCUGGUCCCCAACAGUGCCAAAGUCAUGGCCACCUCCGGCGUGGCAGCCAUCCGCCUCAUCCUCAGACACACACACUACCCGCGACUCAUCCCCAUCAUCACCAGCAACUGUACGUCCAAAUCUGUGGCUGUCAGAAGACGCUGCUACGAGUUCCUGGACCUGCUGCUGCAGGAGUGGCAGACCAGCUCUCUGGAGAGACAUGGAACAGUUUUAAUGGAGACUAUAAAGAAAGGGAUCCACGAUGCAGACGCUGAGGCUCGCUCUGUGGCAAGAAAGUGUUACUGGGGUUUCCACGGUCACUUCAGCCGGGAGGCGGAGCAGCUGUUCCAGGGCCUGGAGUCGUCCUAUCAGAAAGCCCUGCAGGCUCACCUGCGGAGCGGGGACAGUCUGAUGUCGCUGCCAGCCUCCGACCGCUCCUCCUCCUCCUCUCAGGAGAGCCUCAAUCGACCUCUGUCUGGAAAAAGCAGUGUUGGAAGCAGCACAGCCAGAUCCAAAGCGUCCCACUCCUCCAGGACGCCCGCGGCAGCAGCAGCUUCCUCUCCAGGCUCCCUCCAGCGCUCUCGCAGCGACGUGGACGUCAACGCGGCCGCCACCGCCACCGCCCGCACCAGGAUGCCCGCCGUGCCCUCUGCCGUGCCGUCGUCGGCUUCUCCUUUCAGCUCGGCCUCGGCUCUCCCCCCUGGAUCCUACGCCUCUCUGGGUCGAGUGCGAACCCGGAGGACGAGUUCAGGAAACGGUCCGUCAGUGACGGACAGCCGGGGUCGGAGCCGAGGGAAAGUCGUGUCACAGUCUCAGCCUGGCAGUCGGUCAGGUUCCCCGGGCCGCCUCCUGAGCUCCACCUACGGCAGAAUCCCGAGGACCGACGAUGGGAACCGCUGCCGCUCCGGCGCUGCCGACAAGAGCCGACCUCGAGGUCACCGCAGCCAGGGCUGCAGCCGAGAGACCAGCCCCACCCGAUCAGGCAUGGCCCGGAGUCGAAUCCCCCGGCCGAGCAUGAGUCAGGGCUGCAGCCGCGAAACCAGUCGCGAGAGCAGCCGUGACACCAGCCCCUCCAGGGGUUUCUCCCCCCUGGCGACUCGCCGUCACUCCCGCUCAACCAGCGCCCUGUCCUCUGCAGAGUGCUACUCAGACCGUCUGUCCCAUCAGGCUCGGAUUUCGGCCUCCGUCAACGCCAUGAGAAUCCUCAACACCGGCACCGAGGUGGAGGCUGCUGUAGCUGAUGCUCUGCGGAGGCCGGUGAGGCGGCGUUUUGAGUCGCCGGGCAUGUACUCGGACGAUGACGCCAACAGCGACGCCUCCAGCGCCUGCUCGGAGCGCUCGUACAGCUCGCGCAACGGCGGCAUGGCGCCGCACUACCUGCGUCAGACGGAGGACGUGGCGGAGGUGCUGAACCACUGCGCCAGCGCCAACUGGUCUGAGAGGAAGGAGGGACUGCUGGGACUGCAGAACCUGCUCAAGAGCCAGAGGAUGCUCAGUCGUGUGGAGCUGAAGAGGCUCUGUGAGAUCUUCACCAGGAUGUUUGCAGACCCUCACAGCAAGGUCUUCAGCAUGUUCCUGGAGACGCUGGUGGACUUCAUCGUGCUGCACAGGGACGACCUGCAGGACUGGCUCUUCGUCCUGCUCACCCAGCUGCUGAAGAAGAUGGGGGCUGACCUCCUGGGCUCCGUCCAGGCCAAAGUCCAGAAGGCUCUGGAUGUCACCAGAGAGUCAUUCCCGUAUGAGCAGCAGUUCAACAUCCUGAUGCGUUUCAUCGUGGAUCAGACGCAGACGCCCAACCUGAAGGUGAAGGUGGCCAUCCUGCGCUACAUCGAGGCUCUGGCUCGCCAGAUGGACCCUGCCGACUUUGUCAACUCCAGCGAGACCCGCCUUGCCGUCUCGCGCAUCAUCACCUGGACCACCGAGCCCAAGAGCUCCGACGUCCGCAAGGCGGCCCAGGUGGUGUUGAUCGCCCUGUUUGAGCUGAACACACCUGAGUUCACCAUGCUGCUGGGAGCUCUGCCCAAAACCUUCCAGGACGGGACCACCAAGCUGCUGCACAACCACCUGAGGAACGCCAGCGCCAACAGCGGCAUCGUCAUGGCGUCUCCCAGUAACUCUGCGGGUCGGACGCCUCCUCGUCAGCCCAGCAGCCGCAGCAGCCCGCUGACCUCGCCCACCAACUGCUCCCACGGAGGGCUCUCUCCCAGUAUGCUGGAGUACGACAGUGAAAACCUGAACUCAGAGGAGAUCUACAGCUCUCUGCGCGGCGUCACCGAGGCCAUCCAGAACUUCAGCUUCCGCAGUCAAGAGGACCUGAUGGAGCCGCUGAGGCGGGACGGCAAGAGGGACGGCAUGUCUGGAGUCGGGGCGUCGUCAGACUCUGACCCUCGGCUCGGCGGUGACGUGGUGGAGGGCGGACGCACGGCUCUGGACAACAAGACAUCACUGCUGAACACUCCUUCGCCGCGAUCCUUCUCCGGCCCACGCUUCCGUGACUACAACCCGUACAACUACACCGACAGCAUCAGCACGCUGGACAAAGCUGCUCUGAAGGAGGCGCUGUAUGAGGACGCCGUGGAGCAGCUGAGAGAGGGCCGCCGACAAGAAAGUGUUGAGAACAAGAUCCUGAACCCCAAAAGCUUUCCCGCGGGUCCGGCGGAGCAGCUGGAGCUGGUCGGGGAGCUGCUGAAGGAGCUCUCUCAGGGCCAGGCGGGGGAGCGGGGCCCUGAGGAGCGACGGGGGACCCUCCUGGAGCUGCUGAAGGUGGCCAGAGAGGACAGCCUGGUGGUCUGGGAGGAGCACUUCAAGACCAUGCUGCUGCUGCUGCUCGAGACGCUGGGAGACAAAGAUCACACGAUCCGGGCUCUGGCCCUGCGAGUCCUGAAGGAGAUCCUGAGGAACCAGCCGGCCCGCUUCAAGAACUACGCCGAGCUCACCAUCAUGAAGACGCUGGAGGCCCACAAAGACUCGCACAAGGAGGUGGUGCGGGCGGCGGAGGAGGCGGCCUCCACGCUGGCGGGCUCCAUCCACCCGGAGCAGUGCAUCAAGGUCCUCUGUCCCAUCGUGCAGACGGCAGACUACCCCAUCAAUCUGGCUGCAAUUAAGAUGCAAACCAGGGCCAUUGAACGCAUCACCAAGGAGCCGCUGCACCAGCUGCUGCCUGACAUCAUACCUGGACUGCUGCAGGGCUACGACAACACAGAGAGCAGUGUGAGGAAGGCCAGUGUCUUCUGCCUGGUGGCCAUCUACUCUGUGAUUGGAGAGGAGCUGAAGCCUUACCUGGCUCAGCUGACCGGCAGCAAGAUGAAGCUGCUCAACCUGUACAUCAAGAGGGCCCAGACCUCCACCAGCAACAGCAGCAGCUCCUCCGACAUCUCCUCCUACUAACUCCCACAGCACACGCUUAGCUCUCAGCCUCGCCUCAGCACAGAAACCAUUUCAUUCCACCGGCUGAUCUGAAGUCGCUGCAGAUGGGAUCAUGAUGAUUUAGAUGCUCUCUCUAGGACCAGGCCGACAUUUCAUUCCCUCAGCUGCUGAUGGAGCUGAAGUCGUCUCGAGGAGCUCGUCCUGUCCCAGCUCCAGUUUCCAGAACAUCUCCCCAUCCUCUUGAAAUCAUUUUUUGGGAGGGUAAGGUGAUCCUGGCAGCUAAGACGUUUUCAUAAAGACCCAGGCCCUGUACCUGAACCUCCACACUACCGUUAGAGUCAUGAGCCUUAAGACCUCAUCUUCCAUUGACGUACUAUGGAACCAGUGUGAUUGAAGACCUGUUUUUAGAGGCUGUGUGCCUGAAACCAACAUCCCCUCUUCCUCUUUGCUCCUCAUGUCACCAUCACAUUGACUUAACAAAUCCUAUUUUAAUCCAUCGAGUGGAUUUAAGGUGAUCUGUGGAGCUGAAACAUGUUUGUGAAAGUCAUCCGAGCAUCGAGACCUGAAGGACACAAGGUGAGUUUGAAGUCAUGGAAGAAUUGGAGAAUCUUUGCAGUGUAACUUCCUUCCUCUCAGUGCAGGAGGAAAUCUGUGGCUAUCAGUAUUUUUAUUCAUUUUAGUACCUUUUAAUCCACUUCUUUGAACAAUUUAUUUGCUUUGACACAUCAAACCUUAUCGUAUAUUGAAUGUAAAGAGCUUUGAAUGACCGUGGAUCUCACCUGUGUUUCUCCUUCCUAAAACUACUGCCUCAUUGUACCUGGUGGAUCAAUCUUAAAGGAAUUGGAAUAUUUUCCUGUUUUUUAGCGUGCAUUUGGUGAAUUUUGAGCCGUGUUGAGCUUUUAAAGAAAGUGGCACAAUAGUCUUUUAAAGGCUGAAUUCAAGGGUCCAUCUGAAGAUUCAUGUCUAAAAUUAUGGGCUUUGAUUUUGAAAUUUGGCUGACACCUCACAAGACAAGAGGAGGAUUGUAUCAGCUGGUCAAAAUGUGAAAUCCAAGUUCAUGUUUAUAUUAAAUGAUCAUUUGGCUGGCCAAUGAUUUUAAGCACUGCAGAUAUUUUAAAAAAGUUUUAUUAUUUUGGGCCCAGAAACCAGCAGAAAAUAUCAGCGUUAUUGUUUCAGAAAAAAAACAUAGUAUGCAAAAUAGGUUUUUACAUAUGAAGGAAAGAAGGACUUUAUUUGAUCUGUGUGAAACUUAUCAGCUGAAUUUCCGUUUAAGUCAGUGAUGAAUAAUUGACUUUCUAAAAUCUGUAUUUCCAUUUCUUUAUUAAUUUUUUUUUUUUUUUUUAACCUGGAUUGAAAAAUGUAAAAUGGAAAUUGGAUGUUUUUGCUCAGGGUUUGUCUAAUAGAUAAACCCUUUAAAUAAUGCUUGUGUUCUCAUAUACAUUUCCUUUACUAAGGGCUGAAUGAUUAUAUUAUAUAUUCAAGUUAUGAUUUGAAAUCCAGGAGCUACAAUACUAAUUGCACAUACUUUAAUUAACAGUAUUUUAUGUAGGAGUUGCAAACUUGCCAAGUGUCACGGUAAUAAUAAAGCACUUCAUUAAUGAAUAACUAAUUGUACAUUAAAAAUAAUAAUUAAUGCAUUUCUUUACAAACUAAUUUAUUAAUGUAUAAUGCCCAAAGUGUCAUAGAAAAAGUUAAUAAUAUUUUUAGAUUAAUACAUUUAUCUGUAAACACUUUUAAUCGUACAUUUAGUUAAUUGUUCAACUAAUGAAACCCUCAAGCGCUAUUUCCGUGUCACGUGAUCUUUUUUUCUUUCAUACGUCUGACGCGGCAGAUGAAAGGGGAAAAAAAAGCCGACAAAGAAGGAGCUUCUGUGUUUGACACUCGCACCGCACUUGCCAGGAGUCGUCGCUGCGGAGUUAAUCCAUAUUUUACCGAAAGGUAAGAAGCGAUAUAAUAAAAUUAAUUGGCGUAAAUGACGAUAUGUCAAGCUUUGGACUGUUAAUUAGCCUGACAAUGUUGAGUUCUUUAGAUUUAGCGAACGCUUGCUAUCAAAACUAGAAUGUAACGUUAGGUGCUAACGUUCCUGUCAUGGCAUUUAAUUUUGGCUAGUUCGUUAUUUCAAUUUUAAAUUUGCUCGAACGUUAGUGACGUCAGGGUUCGAACGUUAACUCCUGAUAGUUCAAUUUCUAAUAGUGUCUAAUGCUAAUAGUAUCACAACUGGCUUCUGUGUUUGGCACUCGCACCGCACUUGCCAGGAGUUGUCGCUGCGGAGUUAACCCAUAUUUUACCGAAAGGUAAGACGCGAUGUCAUAAAAUUAAUUGGCGUAAAUGACGAUAUGUCAAGCUUUGGACUGUUAAUUAGCCUGACAAUGUUGAGUUCUUUAGAUUUAGCGAAUGCUUGCUAUCAAAACUAGAAUGUAACGUUAGGUGCUAACGUUCCUGUCAUGGCAUUUAAUUUUGGCUAGUUCGUUAUUUCAAUUUUAAAUUUGCUCGAACGUUAGUGACGUCAGGGUUCGAACGUUAACUCCUGAUAGUUCAAUUUCUAAUAGUGUCUAAUGCUAAUAGUAUCACAACUGGCUUCUGUGUUUGGCACUCGCACCGCACUUGCCAGGAGUUGUCGCUGCGGAGUUAACCCAUAUUUUACCGAAAGGUAAGAAGCGAUGUCAUAAAAUUAAUUGGCGUAAAUGAUGAUAUGUCAAGCUUUGGACUGUUAAUUAGCCUGACAAUGUUGAGUUCUUUAGAUUUAGCGAAUGCUUGCUAUCAAAACUAGAAUGUAACGUUAGGUGCUAACGUUCCUGUCAUGGCAUUUAAUUUUGGCUAGUUCGUUAUUUCAAUUUUAAAUUUGCUCGAACGUUAGUGACGUCAGGGUUCGGACGUUAACUCCUGAUAGUUCAAUUUCUAAUAGUGUCUAAUGCUAAUAGUAUCACAACUGGCUUCUGUGUUUGGCACUCGCACCGCACUUGCCAGGAGUUGUCGCUGCGGAGUUAACCCAUAUUUUACCGAAAGGUAAGAAGCGAUGUCAUAAAAUUAAUUGGCGUAAAUGACGAUAUGUCAAGCUUUGGACUGUUAAUUAGCCUGACAAUGUUGAGUUCUUUAGAUUUAGCGAAUGCUUGCUAUCAAAACUAGAAUGUAACGUUAGGUGCUAACGUUCCUGUCAUGGCAUUUAAUUUUAGUUAGUUCGUUAUUUCAAUUUUAAAUUUGCUCGAACGUUAGUGACGUCAGGGUUCAGGGCUCCUGAUAGUUCAAUUUCUUUAUGCUAAUAAAAUAUUAUUAGCAAUGCUAAUAGUGUCACAACGACGACAUAAUUAAACAGUUUUCUUUUGGGUUUGUGUUGGAAAAAGACACUGACACUAAUUCAUGAGACAGUGGUGGAGACAUUUAACUGUAACGGGCUUGUGUCAAGACGUAGACACCGUAGCCUGAUGUUUAGCAGCGUAGCGUAGCGAUAAUAUUGUCUUACAGUGGGACCAAAGACGUUUGCAUAACUUCCCCUUGAAAUAAUAAGACCGCUGUUAAAAUGUUUCACACAUGCUCUCUUUAAAAAUGCCCAGAUACCCACUGUUCUUUGCUUUGUUUUCACAGUUUAUCUUAAAUCAUUUCUGUAAAUAAUGUUUCUUUUUCCAUUUUUCAAUCCACUGCGCCAAAGGCAGAAAAUUGAGGGAAAAAAGAGCCCAAACUUUUAAUAUCACAAUGAUUUAACUGACAAAAAUGAACAUUUUACAAGGUGAUUUCAGUUACCCACCUUUCUAUUAUUGAUAUAAAUGGAAAAUCAAAUUGAUGAGCUUCACAUGGACCUAAUUUGUCAUCUAUACAUACAUAUAUAUAUAUUUGAAAACAUGCAGUGGGUUUUUAAUGGCUGUCAAGAACUGAAAGGUCACAGAAGAAACAAUGGAUAAACAUUUUGGGAAAAUGAAAGAAAACCACUGAAAUGACAGCACCUGCCUUUUUAUCUGAAGGAUGUGAAUUUAAAGUCUCAGUUCUGAUUAAACUGGGAGUUUAUUGGUUUUUUUAUGUCUGCUGUCAAGUCAAGACUACUGUGAUUUGUUGAGUUUCAUUCCAAAAUACUUUAAUAUACAGGAUAUAUGUUAAAAGUAAUAAAAAUUAAUCUAAAGGUCAGCAUGAAGGUCUAAAUGUCUCAAAAAUAGUCUCAGUAUUUAAAUUUCUGAUGGUUCUGUCAGCAGUAAUCUGAUAAUUAGUGGUUAAAGCUUCAGUUGUGCUGAUGCUGACAAACUGUCACUGUGUUUUUAUUUUGAAGAGAUGGUUUAACAGUUGAAUUGUUUUGGGAAGAAACUCCUCUGUAUCAGUUGUUCCUAAAUUGAAUGUAAGACUUCAACCUUUAGAAUGUGAAAUAUCUUAGCAAAUGAUAAAUAGGCAAUACCUAAAUCAGACAGAAAGAUUGACAAUCUUAAUGAUUAUAUGCUACUAAAAGGCAAGCGACAGUGGUAAUUGAUGAAUCGUGAAGUGCCAGUGUGAAGAGGGUUCCUGCUGAAAAUGAAAAGAGAACAAAAGAUUGUUUGAUGUUUGGACAUUAGCAAUAAACUCUGAGAAAUCCAGUUCGGAUUAUCACGUCGAAGCACUGUAAAUUUCCAUUGUGUUCCUCCUUUGAGACGCUCUCGCUGGUCAAUGUACAGAAGUGUCAGUUUUUUAAAAAUCGCACCUAUAAUUAAAUGUUACUGCUGCUUAUUAUGAUACUAACAAACGCGCCUAAUAACUCCAGUAUAUGUACUGUAUCUCAGCAGAAAGGUUUAGGUACAGUUACCAUAAUGGAAAAAACACCUGUUGCAUGAACACUGAAAUUAUUAAAUCCUCUGGCAGGUUGAGCUUCCCUGGUGCUAAACUCUGCCCAUCUGGCGCACGAGGCAAGUCCAAACAAAUGCUCCAGAGGAGAUUUAAGACUAGUUUGACUUUGUGGGAAAGCACUAGUUUGUUUUCUUGCCAAGAGUUGGAUAAGAUUUUAUUUUUUAUAAUAUAAUUAAUAUUUUAAUGUCUUUAUGCAGUAUAUGAAGCUACAGACAGUUAGCUGAGGGACUGUACCUGAACCUCCCUUUGUUUUUUUUUUAACAAAGCCCAGGAGUGGAAUUAACUUUACCUUACAAAUUGUGCAUUGUGUUUAGCCAGCAUUUAAUAGAAGAUAAGUUAAUUCUGUACAAUAUAUUUAACUUUAUUGCAGUUCUGUUAUAGAAUAAGCCUGGUAUUUUUGGGUGUAAAUGAUUAAUAGGGACAGAAAUAUUGGGAAUCAGUGCAGUAUCAGUACCAGACUCCAUUGACAAAAACAGGAAUUUUACAAAGCAGAACACAGGAGCUGCUGGAAUACCACUGCCUCCAUCUGUUAGUGUGUUAUGUUAACUGCUAGUCUGGUUUGUUCGGUCUUCACUGCACCCCACAGUAGAAAUCAUCUGACACAUAGCCUCAAGUUUUUGCACAAACUAAACAAACAAGGCUGUUUCUAGUCUUUGCCCUCUAGCUCAGUCUUCUCUUCUAAUUCUUGGCAAGAAAGCGAAUCAACAAACUCCCAAAAAUGUCAUGAUGUGUCUUUAAUGGGACACGAGAGCCCAGAGAGUGAAGGAUGCUGUUAGUGAAUAUUUCCAGGCCUUACUUUAUCUCUUCAAACACAUUACUUGGACUGUUAAAUGUACUGUACCAGUGCCCGUUGUCGUUCUUCUCAGUUGUGAGAAGUUGGCAAUUUGAUAGAACUUGUUCACUCUGGACUGAAUGUUUCCUCCAAAGCCGAUGAAGUCCUCCGCAGCAUGUCGUCCAGUAUCAGUGAUCCAGUGUUAGCCUGCUGCAGUUUAGGCGACUGAAAUUAAUUUCCCUUUACUUUUUUUGUACAGUGUGACUUAAAACUACAGCUUCUAAAAUCUGUCUGCAUGCGUACUCCACAGGAAGCGUAGGAUAUUUCUGCCUGUGUUGCCGUCAAAUGUAGUUAGUUUGACAAAAGCAGUCGAGCAAAAACUCCAAAUUUAAGAGAAAUGUACUUUUGAUUUCCUGAAUGUGUGCCUUUGGGUAAAGAUUCCUGGCAAUAUACCUGGUUGUCCUGUACAAUACUAACCUGUACUAACACUACAACACACUGCUUCUUAAAGUGGACGUAAUGUGAGAACAAAGCGUUUUAAUGAAGAGAUGCAGUGCUGUAAAUAAGCUUCAAGCCAGAGGUGAAAUGGCAAUAUUUUCCAUUGAGACCACUCACAAUGCAUGGCUCGCUUUUUUUUAGGUUAUUAGUUUUAUUUCAUGCUUCACAAUAUUUAUAUUAUGUUUUAUUUUCCUGUGUAUGACUGUAUAUAUUUACAUGUUUGGUUCUCUUUCACCUGUGAUAGACUUUGCAGAACUUGAAAUAAACUAUCAGACUUCUA